AUGCCCACUGAGUACCAAUUUGAGGCAGUAACCAAGGACCCCUUCCUACCCACUCCCCAGACCCGGGACCCCCAGGACUGUCCUCUCCGUAAAAACAGUAGCAACCUCCUGGUUCUCUUCCUCAUCGACACCAAGGAUCUGCGGGUCCAGGUGCGGAAGUAUGGGGAGCAGAAGCAGCUGUUCAUCUCUCCUGGGCUCCUCCCCGACGUGCCCUCGGAAUCAGGGCCCCCGAAGCCAGAGCUCACAGUCACCCCUAAAGUGGACAGUGGGAUCACCAAUGUUCAUGACAAGGCCAAGUCAAAAUCCACAGUGUCUCAGGGGGACCAGCAGGGCCUCAGUGGGAAGGACAAGGAACUGGUCCUGGGUCUCGGGCAUCUCAACAAUUCCUACAACUUCAGUUUCCACGUGGUGAUUGGCUCUCGGGCUGAGGAAGGCCAGUACAACCUCAACUUCCACAACUGCUACAAUUCAAAGCCGGGCCGGGAGCAGCCGUUCGACAUCACGGUCAUGAUCCGGGAGAAGAACCCCGAGGGCUUCCUGUCAGCGGCGGAAAUCCCCCUUUUCAAGCUGUACAUGGUCAUGUCUGCCUGCUUCCUGGCCGCUGGCAUCUUCUGGGUGUCCGUCCUCUGCAAGAACACGUACAACGUCUUCAAGAUCCACUGGCUCAUGGCAGCCCUGGCUUUCACCAAGAGCAUCUCCCUCCUUUUCCACAGUAUCAACUACUACGUCAUCAACAGCCAGGGCCACCCCAUCGAAGGCCUCGCUGUCAUGCACUACGUCACACACCUGCUGAAGGGCGCUCUCCUCUUCAUCACCAUCGCCUUGAUCGGCUCCGGCUGGGCCUUCGUCAAGUACGUCCUGUCAGACAAGGAGAAGAAGAUCUUUGGGAUCGUGAUUCCCCUGCAGGUCCUGGCCAACGUGGCCUACAUCAUAAUCGAGUCCCGUGAGGAGGGUGCCAGUGACUACAUGCUCUGGAAGGAGAUCCUCUUCCUGGUGGAUCUCAUCUGCUGUGGUGCUAUCCUCUUCCCUGUGGUCUGGUCCAUCCGGCACCUCCAGGACGCAUCUGGCACGGAUGGAAAGGUGGCAGUGAACCUGGCCAAGCUGAAGCUGUUUCGGCAUUACUACGUCAUGGUCAUCUGUUACAUCUAUUUCACGCGCAUCAUCGCCAUCCUCCUGCAGGUGGCUGUGCCCUUCCAGUGGCAGUGGCUGUACCAGGUGAAGACCGAGACCACAGGGUCAUGGCUCCCCAAAGAUGUCCACAUCCAGUCCCCGGAACCUGUGAAUGUUGCUGUUUGUGACAAAAGGCGCUUUGCUGCUGUGAUUCAGUGA